AUGUCAUAUCUUCUUUUAAUCAUUUUCUUUCAGCUUUCACGGCAUGUUCCAUCAUCCACCUGGAUACUGGUCUAUAGUAGAAAUCAACAUGGUAUGAGCUUGAAUAUGCUCUAUCACAGGCUGAGAGACGUGGAAACUCCUGUUCUGUUGGUAGUAAAGGAUCAAGAGGGAUUUGUAAGUGAGCUCUAUUUAUAUAGUGUCAUCUGGAACCGAUUUUCGUGUUAAUCAUAACUAUAACAAAAUUCUCAAAUCUGAUUGCCUAUCAACUGACGGUGUAAUAGAACAGUACUGCCUAAGUAAUUGGACAGUACGCGCCAUCGCGCGCGCACACUUAUUUUAAAUAACUUUUUUUUCACUGCUAGCAGAAAACUCUCGGAAUUUCUUGUGUUCUAAUUUACUCGUGAUUAAACAAAUCGGACUACGACGUUAAUCACUCAUGUGAUUGCAGAACGAAUUAGACUCCAUUUAGUCCUAUUACCUUUAUUAAUUAAUAUACAAUAGCAUUUAGGAGUGUUUUUUCAUCACUCUUUCCUAAUUUCCAAUACUUUUUCUUCUAGUUGGUCUUUUAGUACACUUUGUUCGAUGAAAAACGUUGCAUUAUAUGUCAUCAUUGGAAUUUGCCGGUCGAAAUCUCUUCCUCAAGCUAUAAUUAUACUAGAGGAGAAAUGUUUCCGGAUUUAUUACAUUUAGCUGUAGGGUAUUCUGACUUGUAGGCGUUUACACAAACACAGCUUAUUGGAAAAAAAUGAUUCGCACUGUUCACUUCAGCUUACGGAUUCAUAUUUUUGAGCACGCCACCAAACUCGGAUGUUUGUAUUUCGGGUUCAGGCAGUCCAACUAGUAUAGACCUAGCUUCAAGCCUUAUGCAUGUAUCCCUGACCUAUUUGACGAAAUCGCUCUCAUGUUCCGCCUUCUUCGAACGAUUUCUGUCUCCUGCACAACAUUUACAUCAUAGGUAACUUUCCACAAAAGUGAAAAGAUCGCAAGAGAUACAGAUCGUAGGUCCCUCUACCACAAACGUACACGGUUGAUUUGGGGCGUCUAUAUUUCCAAUUUCAUACAUUUUGAAAGUGAAAUCCAGUUCUUUUUGUUAACAUUUGUUUAUUAGGUGUUUGGUGUAUUUUCUCCAAUUUCUCCUCGGAUGGACACUAGUUUCUGUAGGUUUGGAAAAUCAUAUUUCUUCACUUGUAGACCACAGUUCAAGGUAAGCUUAGCGAUAAGACCAAAAACUAAACAUAUUGUCCAGUGUUUCAUCUGGUGGACGACCAGUUCUCUCACCAGCGCUUUUUCUUCACCUACGCACGAGACCCUUAAGACGUUAUUUAGUUUAUCCGAGCAGUAUACAGGACGCAUGUCAAUGAAUCUAGUGACCGACUUAGCUCUCAAACGACUUCUCCCAUACAGUAAAAUGGUGGUAUAGUGUUUGAGGGCUCAGACGUUUUCCUUGUCCCAAAAGGAACUCUUUUUUCCUGCAUCACUGUGAUUCUUUAAAAAUCACGACAUAGUUAUUAGCCCCAUGUAAAGGAAUCCAGGACAGUCUCGGAUUCUGGAUUCCGGAUUCUUUGUCAAAGGAACUUGGAUUCCGGAUUCCAAUGGCUAGUGCCAUUCCGGUUUCCUUGAGCUUCCAAAAUCCAGGAUUCCAGAUUCCACCAGAUAAAAAUCUCAAAUUCCCAGAAGCAAACAUCUUGCGGAUUCCGGAAUCUGGAUUCCCUUACCUGGGGAAAAGUUAUGUUCAUUAUCGGGACGCACGUAGUCUCACCCUAGGUUUCAGAGGAUAUUUUUUUCUCAUCGAUAUUGAUGUUUGCCGCGUCAACGAGGCGCCGAGGGAAACAAAAGUCCGUCUCGGGAGCCUUAUCAAACCGUAAGCACGGUUUAUUUCAUCUUGGGUAUUUUAAGAAUGGACUUUUGGAGCCAGGGUAACGUAGCCUCACAAUAUCACAUGUAGUUAAAGAUACAGGUAACUACAUUGGCUUGGCUCUUUUUGUAGAUUUAUCCAUGCCGUGGAAGAAAUUCUUACUACAUGACGGGAGAUGCAAAUGGACUUGCCUUCGGAAGCAGUGAGUAAGUGUUUUCUUUUCGGUGUUUUCAUAUUUAAUGGCACCCUUCCUUUCCGGGUGUUGACGAACAAUACGUAUACUGUACUAUUUUGUUUAUGAAUUUAAUAAUGAUUAGUAAAGUACAUCAAUGAAAUAAAACUUAUUUUAAUCGACAAAGCAAUGAUCUUCAGUCUCUAGUUGAGCUAUGUGUUGCUCAACCGAGUCGUUCGCAGGUCACGGGUAGGAAAGAACCCUGGAGACGAGGUUGUGUGUUGAUGAGUUCAUGUCUUUGAUAUUAAAACCCUUCUUCGUUUGACUAUUUUCAUUUUUUUUUUCUAACUGCCGAAACCUCAACCUGCCUUUGUUCUUUGGGCCCUUAAGCUGGUCCAAGUUUCCGCCCACAUUGCUAGAUGCAACAUUUGGAUCUGUCCUUUGAUUUUAUUUCAGCUUUACAUGACUUCGAAGAACUUUUAGGACCAACAUCCCGUUCUAUUAUGAGAGUAGAAGUACCUUUAUUUACCAUACAUUCAUUUGUAUACACAUAACCUAUUACAUCACUACAAGGCAGGAGAUCAAGCAAGCUCUGUAGAGCUUUUAGACAAUCUCGGCCUUAUUCAAAGCAGAUGUAAAGAAUAAAUACCAUGUUGUGUCAUUUUAGAAAAAACAUGAUCGGUCUGUUCACUCGACGAAGAUGUCUGAGUAAUUUCAACAUGAAACACAAGUCUAAAUUUCUCGAAAUUUUUUCUGAGAUCAUAGGACUGAUUAACAAAAUCGCGGGAGUCCGAUUUGUUUAAUCAUGGGUAUGAUUACAGACCGAAUUGGACGAUACGAAUCGAAGUGCUGUUACAGUUUUAUCAUAAUCAUUACAAUUUUCGAGAAAAACAACUGCAUUUUUGUUUUUGUGAAAGAGCUUUUAAUACCAAUUAUCCACAAUUAGGGAAUUAUCAAAGAGACAUUGUGUAAUGUUACAAAUUCGUCCAUUUUUGCUUUGGUUAUAGUGAUAAAUUCUGCGCUUAAAGGUGUCCGAUUAAUUACAGUCAACUGUCCGAUUACAACCCUACACAAUGAUUGGUGAAAAAUAAAGCAGUCAACGCACCAAUCAAAUUUGAGGAAAUUGUGACGGUUAUGAUUAAUAGUGGAAUUCUCUUUUUGAUCGGGCUGCUCUAGCCAGCCAAAACUGACAAAUAGUAAGCGCCCCUAGUAUGCUGACGCGAGGACACAAAGAACGGCUGCGUUAAAGACUAUGAAGUGCCUUGAUCACUAUUAAAUUUUUGUUAAUUUUCAGGGGGAAAUUUUGGCUUUGGUUAGACAGUGAUCUGUAUCAUGGUAGAAGCACUGCUUGCGAAACUUAUGACAGCGAGAUGCUUUCCGCCACCGAGGAUUUCAUUUGUCUUGGCGUUGAAGUCUGGACUUUUGGCUAG